AAAGUAUUUAAAACUGCAGCAGUUUUACUGAUCCCUGGCCAAGCAACUAUAUUAAAGAGCACCUCUGACUCCAACAUAAAGUUGGGUGGUCACAUUUUGCAUGUGACAAUCGUUUCCACCACUGCAAUCUGAGAGAUUUAUGAAGUUUCGCUGCUUUGGAUACAAAUGCAUUUUAACAUGCUAGCCGUCAACAAUUCCAGCAAUCCCUGACUUUUAACAAAAAACACAGGACAGCGGUGAACGUCCUAAGCAGAAGGAGGGAUGCCCUUCUUCUUUGGCUCAGUACCACCAUAAGCCACGUAGGAAGGCAGGAAAACUGUGCGGCCAGAAACACUCGAUGCAGGCACCGGGCUGAGCCCGAGAGAAAAGGCCGAGAACAGCAGCAGCGCUGGGACACGGCCGCCUUCCAUAUGGAAGGCAGGAUGGGAGGUGCUAGGGCCAAAAAGCCACCUUUCUACAGCAACCAUGAGAACUGUGCAGGAGACCCAUCACCAUGCUCCUACGGCAUAUUUGUUUCCAAAGCCCCUCGGCUCCACCCGGCUCUCCCUGCCUUCCCCAGAGCCUCCGGCCCCGACGGGACGGAUUGCAAAAUUUCUUGCGUACAAACACGGAAGAGGCAGGAAGGGCAAAGUCCUACAGAGGUGCGUGUGGGAGGGUGGAAGCAGGAAUCCCGGCGCUCCGAGGCCGGCCGGGAGCUUUACUGUUGCUCAUCUUGGCCCGAAAAGGAGGGCAGACGGAGGAUACCACAGGGAACAGCAGUGCGGGCUCUCCCCGCCGCGCCGCCCCGCUUCCGCCGCGCCGCGGGCACUGCGCAGGCCCGCCAUGGACGAGGACGAGGAGGAGGAAGGCGGCUCAGGCCGCAGGGCCGCGCCCGCCCGCUUCGUGCGCUGCCUCUACGCGGUGGGAUUCCUGGAUUUAUUUGGGGUGAGCAUGGUUGUUCCUUUAAUGAAUCAUCAUAUCAAAUCUCUAGGAGCAAGUCAUACAGUUGCUGGAAUCAUAGGAUCUCUCUAUGGUGUAAUGCAGCUAUUUUCCAGCACAUUUGUGGGCUGCUGGAGUGACAUAGUAGGAAGACGGUAUUCCCUGCUUGCUUGUAUUCUUCUCAGUACACUGGGUUACUUCCUUCUUGGAAAUUCCACCACAGUGUUCCUGUUUGCUCUUUCUAGAGUCCCUGUAGGUAUUUUCAAACACACACUGUCCAUCUCUAAAGCCCUGCUGUCUGACCUGGUUUCGGAGAGGGAACGCCCUUUAGUAAUGGGGCGCUUCAAUGCAGCCUCUGGUGUGGGCUUCAUUCUGGGACCUGUUGUUGGUGGCUACCUUGCAGAGUUUGAAGGUGGCUUUUACCAAACAUCCUUCAUCUGUGCCUCUAUCUUCCUCCUGAAUGGUGGUCUUGUCUGGAUGUUACCCUGGAGUGAAGAAAACACUAGCGGUAGGGACCAUUACCAAGACAAAGGAACAAACAAUUGCUCAGGAAAAUCACAUCAUGACCUUCACUUGAAAUCAGCAAGUAGUAGAGCUGCGACAAACAGUAAUUUUUUUCAGUCUCCAUGGGUCCAAGUUGCAACAAUGCUGAAGAAGAUUAAAGGAAUUGCGUGCUCUAAUUUGUGGGAUGUAUUGUUAGUGCGGUUCCUGAUGUCUAUUGCUAUACUGCUGUACUACAGUAAUUUUACUCUGGCCUUGGAGGAGAGAUUUGAGGUGAAACCCUUGUUUGCUGGAUACCUGAUGAGCUAUAGCAGUGCACUUGGAGUCCUGGCUGGUUGUCUGCUCGGACCAAUAACAAAACUCUAUGGGCACAACACUUACAGACUUCUGAUGCACUCCAGCACUUUUACCUGCACACUGAUUCUCCUGUACGCCUCAGCACCGAGCAUAUGGAUGGUCAUUUUGUCCUCCACAUUCUUGGCCUUCUCCACUACCAUAGGCCGUACUUGUACCACUGAUCUGGAGCUGACUGUUGGUGGGAACGAGGCCAGUGGUACUCUCCUAGGAGUUGGACAGUCGGUGACAUCAGUGGGACGCAUUAUUGCCCCUCUCCUUUCUGGAAUUGCUCAGGAGUUCAGUCCUUGCGGCCCUCCAAGUCUAGCUGUGGGACUAGCAUUGCUUGCUGUUGUGAUAAUGAAUGCAAACAAACAAAAAUACCAUAGUCAUGGAAGUGUGAAGUUAAAAAAUCAGUAGUCACAAUUUUGGAUUGCAGAUGUAUCUUCACCUGCCAGGCUUGUACAGUAAUUAUAUGAUUUUUAAAGAGAGCACAUUAUGUUCCCAUGGAAGCAAAUAAAUAUACGUAUUUCUGCUGCAGAUGUUAAGUCUAGACAGAUGUUAUUCCAACAGGUACUACUAGGACAUGUCUAAGAGCAGCAGAUGUUCCUAUAUUGCACUGGCUGAGAUUUCUUAAAUGAAUUUUAACCUUUUUGGAAGGGAAAGAAAGAAUGUCAGGAAACGCACAAAUCCUGCUUGUAGCUCCUUUUUGAAACAGUAUUUAGACUGAAAGAUUGUUAAGAAAGGAUGAAUCAAAGGUGAAUUUUUGUUAUUUAAUCAGAAGGAGAAUUUGCAAUAUGUUUGGCCUUGAUUUCUUAUGCUGUGGUCUGUUUCCUUUUGUCUUUGUGACGGCAGCUUAUAACAGGAUGUUUGCUUAUGUGAUUUUUGUGUAGCAUAUUUUGUCCUCAAAACUUUUUGCAGACCAUGGUUAGGCACUUUGGGGUAAUCAUGCAACCCCUGCUGAUUCCUGGUCUUUCCUAAGUAACAGAAUUGGGUAUAUGCUGACUUUAUGUACUAGAACACCUAAUGUUAGAAUAAUACAAGGUCCUUCAGACUGAAACUGAGGCUGGAUUUAAGUGUCAUUGAAAUUUGAACUGGUGGCUUCUGUUUAGUAAUAACUUCUACUGAGGAACUUCGUCAUAAUUUCUUUAUUUAUAUUUCCUGUGCAAUUUUUCUACCUUCAUUUUAAAAAUAAAUUUCCUUCUUAAUUCUCUCAAACUACUGCAAAGGUGUGAGUAUCUAGCAGUAGUUCAUGGAUCGGGAAUAAUGCAUUCUGUCUCAUCUCAGGUGUGACAUUUCAGUGACAAGAGAAAUACAGUUUUGUUGGCAUUUUAGUCCUCAUUUGUGUGCAUGGCUUAAUUGAAGAGAGGUUACUCUUGGAGCUGUACAGAGCUGGAUGGAGCACUGCUGUGCUAUUUACUGUUCAAGCUCAUUACAUGCCUGUCACCAUUAUUUGUAUUUCAUAUGAAACAUGGAAAAAUGUAUUUUGCUGUGAUAAUAUUCUCUAUGAUCUUUGUUAUAUUACUUGAUGAAAGUACAAAGUCAAUUAUGUAAGUGUUUGGUUGGGGGAUUUUUAUGCAGUUUAGUCAUCUCCUUGAACACAUCAGGGCAAACUUCCUACUUCAGGUGAGUAAUGGAUGGUGCUUGCAUUUUUUAUUUUCAUCUUCUUCUUUACCUUUUCCAUGGCCUACUAGCAUUCAAAUAUUUUUGAAACCUCACUGAUUCCAGUGGCAGCACCAUAGGAAUUCAUAUAUGGAACUCUGAAUUGUUUUAAUUUUAUUUGACAUAAAUCAGUGUCUUAUUCCUACUGUGAUUUCAGUACAUAUCCUCAGAGUUCUUUAUUGCAGUAAUAUGUGGUUUGUUUCUCCUCAGGAACUUGAGGCAUUUUGAAGUCUCUUGUCUUCUCUUGCCUUUCUUGGUAGAUGCCCAAAUCAUUACUAAAUUUCCUAUUUUUUUUCCUUCCAUCUUUUAAGUUUUUUUUUUUUUUUCUUUACCUAAAGCCACCCUUCUGCAACUAGGGGAAUUCUCUUACACAUCUCUAGGAAGGGGUGAAGGAAAAGGGUUGGAAAAAAGCUUCAAAAAAUAAUAUAUUUUAAUGAUUUUAUAAUUUUUCCAAUACUUGUUGAUUAUAUGAUAAAACAUAACAUUUACCCUUCUAAAUUGCUGCAUUGAUUUAAUCUGACUUCUGUGAACAUCUGUCCUAAUACAUGUCCUACAGGUAAUACAAACCUCACAGUUGAGAAAUCUGUGGAAGCCUGUGGUCUUGGGGACACAUUGCAACACAUUUUACAGAAGUUUUUUACUUGUAGGCCAUAAUGAUUCUUGAAGUGCCACAGAAGUAUUUCUUUUCUGUACAGGUACAGAGAAAUUGCACUAUAUUUUUUUUUCUUUAAGGAUUAGAAAUAAAAUGAAGUGAAAUUCCACAUGUGUCAUUAUGUCACUGUGGGUUUUUUUUCCAUCUUCCUCUGUUGAAGCUGCAGCACAAAAUGGAAGUGUUAAAGUCAAUAUGAAGUGUGGAUGCUUUAUUUUUUUCCUCCAACUGUGGUUAAAAUCAUUUGAACCCCUCUACAUUUUUCAUGAAGGGCACAGGAAGCAAGGAUUCAACCAAGAAGUGGCUUGGCAGUGACUGAAAAAGAAGAAAUAAAAUAAAAUAGAGAACUCUGCAAAUUUGAGAUGAAGUCCUUAAAGCUACUGUUCCUUGUGCCUGUAGACCACGUUUGCAGCCCUUAUGUUGCCUCAUAGUUGCUAUAACCAUGCAAGUUCAGAGAGUGAAAAUUCAAUGACAUUCCUGCAGAUACAGAGAUGUGAUUCCCUCUUUUAAGUUGAGGGAGGAGGAGUUGGCUACAGUCUAGUGGGCAAACUACUGAAUUACUCAGCUGUUUCUUGAAUCCAGUUGUAGCAACUUCUGUAGAAGACUGUAACAAACCAGAUCUGAAUAUGGACUAAAGGAAAACAAUUUCUGCCAGCAAACCACUGCAAAUUAAGAUUUUUCUCUUGCUUGCUGUUACUUUAUUUUGGGUUGGUUUUCCUGGGCCUGUAGGAGG